UUUUAAAUAGCUGCAACUGGAAUAAUUUUCCCACACACUUGCAAGGGAGCUGUGAUUGUAGAUGCAAAAUACAAUGCUUGAUUUACUGUUAUACAAGAGGUUAUAAAACAGCGUAAACUGCAACAUUUACCAUCAUGUAUAAUCUUACUAUAUACUUGGAUUUAAGAGCAUGUUUCCUUUUAUACAUUAUUGCAGGCGUCAUGGCAGUCUGUAAUAGGGAAUCACAUCUCUACAUCACUGCACCAGAGAUGAUGGAAGCGCUGAGUGGAUCCUGUUUGCAAAUUCCAUGCAGCUUCACACCCAAUGAAAUUAAAGAAAUGUUUGAUGAAAGACGAGAAAUAUAUGAAGUGUGGAUCAAGAGUUCUGCUGAAUUUUCCAAUAAUCCAAACAAUGUUGUUUUCAACAGAAGUAAACCUGUGAACCUUUAUGAAAUUAGAUUGAUUGGAAACCUAACACAGAAAAACUGCACCACUGUGUUCAAUAAUUUACACAGAAAUCACACAAACAAGUACUUUUUCAGAAUUGAGAAUGGACCAUUUAAGGCAACUGCUGCUUGUAAUCCCAUUCAAAUAACAGUACAAGAUUCUGCUUGGAGUCCCAGCAUUGAAAUUCCAGCUGAUCUGAAGGAGGAGGAGUCUGUCACUGUCACCUGCUCAGCUCUCACUCCCUGCCCUCAAUAUCCUCCUGAACUCACCUGGAAUCUCCAAACAGACUCUCAAAGACAAAUUGAGGAAAACACAAAUGGAAGCUUUAUAACUAAAAUCCAGAAGAACAUCACUCUGUCAGACUCUGACGAUGGAUUCACCAUCAGCUGCUCCGUCAGAUAUCCUGUGAACAAAGGAGAAAAUGUGAAGACAGCAGAGACACAACAAACUCUGAGUGUUUCAUGUAAGUGAUCAUCUUCAUCACGGUUCAGCUUUUCUGAUCAAUCAAAUAAUCAGAGUUUCCAUUCCUCAGAUUCUCCUAAGAACACCUCAGUGUCCAUCAGUGCAUCAGGUUUGGUGUCAGUAGGU